UAAUGAUUCCAAAUUCACAUGAUCCUGAAAAACUUAAAGAACUAGGAAAUGAAUAAUUUAAAUUGAGUAAUUUCCAAAAAGCUAUUGAAUUCUAUACUUCUGCUAUUGAAAAUGCUAAUGGUAAUUAUUAAUUGUUAUUUAUUCUUAGGUAAUCAAAGACUUGUUUGUCUAUCAAAUAGAGCAUUUGCACAUAUUAAAAUGGAAAAUUAUGGAUUGGCUAUUAUAGAUGCUGAUGAGAUUCUAAAAGAUGAUUCUGGAUUCAUUAAGGCAUAUUAUAGAAAAGGUUCAGCUUAUUUGUUAUUAGGGAAGUUUGACGAUGCUAGAAGAGAGUUCAAAAGAGUAAUAAAUUAAUAUUUUUGCAUAGGCUGACUCACUUACAUAAGGAAAAGAUGCCGAUAUUUAAGCAAAACUUAAAUAAAUCAAAUAGGCAAUCUAUGAAAGAGAAUUUGCAAAAUCCAUAGAAAGACCAGAUGAAUCUAGUGAGCCAAUUGAAAUUUAAGAUAUUAUUGUUGAAUAAGGGUAUGAUGGACCAAGAAUUGACAAUGAUAUCAGUGAAGUUACACCAGAAUGGUAACAUUUUAUAGAUUAUUAUAAGGUGUGAGAAAUUAAUGAAUCACUAUAAAGAUUAAAAGAAAUUGCAUAAAAAAUAUGCAGUUAUGAUAUUACAAAAAGUGGGAGAAAUAUUAAAAUCUCAACAAAAUGUUGUAGAAUAUGAUGUUCCUAAGUAAAUAUUUAUUCAUUUAUAUUUUAGAGAUCUUGAAUUUACUGUUUGUGGAGAUACACAUGGAUAAUUCUUUGAUCUAUUAAACAUAUUUAAAAUAAAUGGUAAUCCAUCAGUGCAAAGACCUUAUCUAUUUAAUGGAGACUUUGUUGAUAGAGGGUCUUGGAGUGUUGAAGUGAUAAUGACUCUGUUUGCAUGGAAAGUUUGCAAUCCAGACAUUAUGCAUUUAACAAGAGGUAACCAUGAAAGUAGAAACAUGAACAAAAUGUAUGGAUUUGAAGGUGAAGUCAAACAUAAAUAUGAUGACAAAGUUUAUGAAUUGUUCUAAACUGUUUUCAACUAUUUACCAUUAGCUUAUACUCUAUCAAAAUAAGUAAUGGUUGUUCAUGGAGUAAGAUGAUCUGUUUAUAUUAUAGGGAUUAUUCUCAAAUGAUGGAGUUACUAUUAGUGAAUUAUAAAAAUUAAAUCGUUUCAGAGAUAUACCUGAAGGAGGUCCUAUGGCUGAUAUGUUAUGGAGUGAUCCUAUUAAAUAAAAUGGAAGACAUCCAAGUAAAAGAGGUAUUUCUAUCUCCUUUGGACCUGAUAUUGCUCAUAAAUUCUUAAAUGAAAAUGGUUUAUGUAUGAGAUUUCUAUAAAAAUAAAAGCUCUAUUGGUUAGAUCACAUGAAAUGAAAGAUCAAGGUUAUGAAGUAGAAGCAGAUGGUAGAGUUAUUACUAUUUUCUCGGCUCCAAAUUAUUGUGAUCAAAUGAAGAAUAAGGGAGCAUUUAUUAUUUUUAGGGGAGGUGAAAUGAAACCUAAGUUUGUUCAAUUCGAUGCUGUGGUAUCUAUUUAUUUUUAUUAUGUUUUAGGAACAUCCAAAGUUACCACCUAUGGCUUAUGCUAGAAAUUAUGGAAUGUUUAUGUGAAAAC